AUGUCGGCCGCCAAAGCGACGCUCGAGGCGUUGGACCCUAACGCCAGCUCCAAGAACACCCUCAAGAUCGAAAACACCGACAAGCGCGAUACCCUCAUUGCCGCCGAGAAGAAGUACCAGAAGCAAUGGCAGGACUCCAAGGUCUUCCAGCAGGAUGCUCCCUCCACGACCGAGUUCCCCUUCGGCUCCGUCACCGGCGACGACCUGCGUGCGAAGGCGCCCAAGUUCUUCGGCACCAUGGCCUACCCCUACAUGAACGGUGUCUUGCACGCCGGCCACAGCUUUACCGCGAGUAAGGUCGAGUUCGCCACCGGUUUCGCUCGUAUGCAGGGCAAGCGCGCUCUGUUCCCCCAGGGCUACCACUGCACCGGUAUGCCCAUCAAGGCCUGCGCCGACAAGCUGGUGCGCGAGGUUGAGCUGUUUGGAAAGAACUUUGAGGGCUGCAAGGAGGAUGACAUUGCCGAGCCCAAGGCUGAUGAGGUUCCUGCGCCCACCGAGGACACCACCAAGGCCGACAUCACCAAGUUCAAGGCGACCAAGGGCAAGGCUGCCGCGAAGACCAUCAAGACCAAAUACCAGUUCCAGAUCAUGCUCUCCCUGGGCAUCCCGCUCGAGGAGAUCCACAAGUUCGCCGAUCCGCAGUACUGGCUGGAGUUCUUCCCCCCGAGAUGCCAGGAAGACCUGACCUCCAUCGGUGCGCGUGUCGACUGGCGUAGGUCCAUGGUUACCACCGACGCCAACCCUUACUACGAUGCCUUCGUCCGCUGGCAAAUGAACCGCUUGAAGGGCCUCGGAAAGAUCAAGUUCGGCAAGCGCUACACUGUUUACUCUCCCAAGGAUGGCCAGGCUUGUCUCGACCACGACCGUAGCUCCGGCGAGGGUGUCACCGUCCAGGAGUACACUGCUUUGAAGAUGAAGGUUCUUGAGUGGCCCGAGAAGGCCAAGUCUAUCAUUGGUGAUAAGAUCCCCAGCGGCGCCAAUGUCUACUUUGUUCCUGCCACUCUCCGUCCCGAGACCAUGUACGGCCAGACCUGCUGUUUCGUUGGUCCCAAGGUCACCUACGGCAUCUUCAAGGUCACGGAUAACGAGUACUUCUUCCUGUCCCACCGUGCUGCUCGCAACAUGGCCUUCCAGAACAUCUUCCCCAACUGGGGUGUUUUCCCUCACGUCAUCGACCUGCAGGGUUCUGACGUCGUUGGCACUCUUGUCAACGCGCCGCUCUCUACGCACAAGGAUGUCAGGAUUCUCCCCAUGGAGUCGGUCAAGCCUACCAAGGGUACUGGUGUCGUAACUUGCGUGCCUUCCGACAGCCCUGACGAUUACGCCACCACGAUGGACCUCAUCAAGAAGGCGGACUACUACGGCAUCAAGAAGGAGUGGGCGGAACUCGAGAUCAUCCCCAUCAUCAAGACGCCCACGUACGGUGAUCUCACCGCGAAGACGCUCGUUGAGCAGAUGAAGAUCAACUCUCCCAAGGAUGCUAAGCAGCUUGCUGAGGCUAAGGAAUUGGCCUACAAGGAGGGCUUCUAUCAGGGUACUAUGACUUACGGCGAGUUCUCUGGCAAGUCCGUGCAGGAUGCCAAGCCUCUUGUUCGUAAGCAGCUGAUCGAUGCCGGUGAUGCUUUCGCCUAUGGCGAGCCCGAUGGCAUGGUUAUGUCUCGCUCAGGUGACGAGUGCGUUGCCGCAUACCUUGACCAGUGGUACAUGAACUACGGUACCACUGAGAACGGUGGCGAUGGCGAAUGGUGCGAAACUGUCCUGAACCACCUUGAGAACGGCAUGAACACCUUCUACCCCGAGGCCCAGCACGCUUUCAAGAUGACUCUUGGCUGGUUGGCACAGUGGGCGUGCUCGAGAUCGUACGGUCUCGGUACCAAGCUGCCGUGGGACCACACUCAGCUGGUGGAAUCUCUCAGUGACAGCACGGUCUAUAUGAGCUACUACACCAUUGCUCACUACCUCCACGGCGACAUUUUCGGCAAGACCAAGGGUCUUUCCAAGCAGAGGAUCACUCCCGAGCAGAUGACUGACGAGGUCUGGGAUUACCUCUUCUGCCGCUCCGAGGAUGUCAAGACCGACAUUCUCAAGGAGGAUCUCGAGGCCAUGCGGAGAGAGUUUGAGUACUGGUACCCUCUGGACGUCCGUGUCUCUGGCAAGGACCUGAUCCAGAACCACCUUACUUUCUGCCUUUACAUCCACACCGCUCUCUUCGGUCAGCAGCACUGGCCGCAGGGUUUCCGCGUCAAUGGUCACCUUAUGCUUAACGGCGAGAAGAUGAGUAAGAGUACCGGAAACUUCCUUACUCUUGGCGAUGCUGUGAAGAAGUUUGGUGCCGACGCAACCAGAGUGGCUCUUGCCGAUGCUGGUGAUGGAAUCGAAGAUGCCAACUUCGAGGAAACCGUCGCCAACGCCAUCAUUCUCAAGCUCUUCGAGCUCAGGAAGUGGUGCGAAGAGAUGGUCAACGAGGCGCACCUGGUCGAGGGCGAGGCGCAGUACAAGGAGGCCCGCGAUAGUGGCAAGGUCAAGAAUGCGGAUACCAUCCAACGUACGGGCGAGAAGCUGCUCUGGGACAAGAUGUUCGAGAACGAGCUCAACAGCUUGGUCAUUGAGACGAAGGAACACUACGUGAACACUUCGUACAAGCUGGCGCUCAAGUCCGGCUUCUACGACUUCACAGCCGCUCGUGAUUUCUACCGUGAGGUCACUAAGGCUGCCGGCAUCGGCAUGCACGCCGAUCUUGCGAAGCGUUUCGUUGAGCUUCAAGCCCUCCUCCUGACGCCCAUCGCUCCUCACUGGGCUGAGUACAUCUGGCUCGAGGUUCUGAAGAAGCCUGAGACUAUUCAGAACGCCCUUUACCCAACUGUAGCCACGCCGGAUCCGUCUCUCACGGCUGCCCGCGACUACGUGCGCACUACGACGUCGAACAUCACGUCGGCCGAGGGUCAACAAGUCAAGAAGCUUGCCAAGGGCAAGAAUGUUGCUUUCGAUCCCAAGAAGGACAAGAAGCUCACCAUCUUCGCUGCCGAGGCGUUCCCCGUUUGGCAAGACAAGUACCUCGAGCUUGUGCGCCAGAAGUUCGAGGAGCUCGGCCUUGUUGACGUCAAGGUCAUCACCAAGGAAGUUGCCAAGCCUGACAUGAAGAAGGCCAUGCCUUUCAUCCAGGGACUGAAGAGGCGUCUCGAUGGUGGUGAGAAGGCUGGUGAGGUGUUUGACCGUCGUCUUCCGUUCGAUGAGGUCGCGACGCUCAAGGAGAUGGUGCCGGGCCUGAAGCAACAGGUUACCAAGCUCAAGGUCGUCGAGAUUAUUGGCGUCAAGGAGGGUGAGAAGGUCGGCAAGGUCCUUUUCGGUGAGGGUGAGACCAAGGAUAACCUCCCGCCGAACGCUGAGUCUGCGGUGCCUGGCGCGCCGACGUUCUUCUUCGAGAACUUGUGA